CGCGUUCCACCAGGCAUAGAUCGACCAUGUCUACCAUCCCCACGAAAGAAGUCGUGUAUCUCGAGGACAUUCCUGUCUCAAACAAAAAGGAAAAACCGGCUCCAAACUCUUCCCCGGACACAACAAAUGCUCAUGGGAAACGCCAACGGACAUUGCUUGACAUGUGCUUCACCCCCAGCGCGGAUGCCAAACGCCAGAAACUCCAGCACUCUACACCGGCCGCGCGUUUCAGGGCAACUAAAGAUGGGAAUUCUUAUCAAAAACGACGCGUUCUAGGGAGCCAGACCCUGAACUCGAUUCCUUUCUCAUUGUCGUCAUUCGUCGAGGGUCUUUCAGAUGAACAGCGCGCGCUCAUUGCCCUUGAAUGCGACGUCAUCGGGAAGAGCUGGCUCAAAGUCCUCACGGAUGAGCUGGUCCAGCCCUACUUUCUGAACCUCAAGAAGUUCCUGUACACGGAAGGUGUGCGAGGCAUGAUGGACCCUGCUCCUUCCAAGAUAUACCCAGCUCCGAAAAACAUAUAUGCCUGGUCAGAUGUGCCUCUUGGACGCGUCAAAGUGGUUAUCCUCGGCCAAGACCCUUAUCCUGGUGCGGGACAAGCUCACGGCCUCUCAUUUUCUGUCCCGCCGGGGAUUUCAGUGCCUGCAUCUCUGCGAAAUAUCUACACCGAGCUUCGCAACGAAUAUCCCGACUUUUCAGUGCCGAAUCAUGGUCAUCUCGCCUCCUGGGCGUCGCAGGGUGUGCUUCUUCUGAACUCGGUGCUGACCGUACGGGCUGGCGAACCCAAUUCGCAUGCUGAACGAGGCUGGGAGCAGUUCACAGAGCGGGUGAUGCAGAUCGUUGAUGCGUACGGCGGAGCCAACUUACCCAAUGCGGACGGAACCAAGCCUGGGACGGGCCGUGGUGUCGUGGUUCUUGCGUGGGGCUCCCAUGCAGCCAAACGUGUCGCCAAAUUGGACUCGAGCAAGCACUUGAUCCUCAAGAGUGCCCAUCCGUCACCCCGCAGCGCUGAUAGAGGUUUCUUCGGCAAUGGUCAUUUCAAAAAGGCAAACGAAUGGCUCGAACAACGCUAUGGAUCAAGUGCGGGGAUAGACUGGUGCAAGUUGUAGCCUGAUCUUGAUGGUUACGGCAAACACACCAGCAGGGGUUGACGUUUUCUGUCAAUGACGUCACAGGCAGUAUACUUGCAUAUACUAGGAUCUACUGUUACAUAUACUCACUGUUUCCUCCAUGCUUGUUGCGACAGGUGACCUGAGCGUCCUUGCACGUGCUACCUUUUCCGCAAGUAAUUAGAUCGGUCCAAAUCUGUCUAAGCGGGUGCCUGACGAUCGGCGACCAUCGGCGACCCGCCAAAGGUCUCCGAAUCAUUCUACCAAAAAUCGAAGUCGCGCGCAGCUUCCAGAGCGUUCCGACAUCAGCCAGAUCGCACAGGGAUCUUGGGUUAUGUUUGAUAGAAUUUGAUGCGUUGGGGUAAUGACGAGUUACCUACUAGAUUCGAUUUUAUGUAGGGUACUGUAGUUAGGUGGGUAUGUAAACUAGAGGUUGUAUACAAUUACAUGGCUAGCUAAUGAUACAAGCCGAUAUCAGGACAUUAUAUGUCCGCUCGCAGAGUACACCGCCCUAUGAUGGGGGGGCAGCACGGAAUGCUCGUGCAAUCCUCGCGGCGGCGAAGGCAGUCGGAUCGGCCCCCCGUGGGAGCCCUGGUGCCGUACUUGUCCCUCAAGUGUGUAAUCGCCCGCUGUCACCCGCCUCUGGGGAGCCGGCGGGUACGGCGGGUCGUACGGAGAGUGCGCAUGGCUGUCCGGGGUAAAAGAGUAUGAGCGAUGUGCCUGCUGCGGCACCGGAAGGGGCGUCGUCGUCUGGUCGUAGUAGGCAGGCGUGGAAUGUGAGCGUUCACUGGGUGGGUACAUAUGGUACAUUGGCGCCAGCGAGGAUGAUGACGUUCGUGAGGUCGUGUAUGAGGAUGAGUAUACGACGGCUUUGGGAGCCAAGGUCGCCGACGCCGGGAGCGGAGACAGAGUCUGAUACUGAGGCAUCUCUUCCAUCACUAUCGUCUGUCCCCAGGGUCCUGUGCCAUUUUGAAUUUCUUCAAUGGCAGACCGGGACACAAGCUCCGGCGAUGCAGACCCGCACUGAGAGUCAGCGGAUCCAGUCGAUGGCGGUGAUGAGUCGUGGUGAGAAUGAGAAUGGAACGAAUGGGCGGCCAGCGGUGGUGGCGAGUCGUGAGGAAGGUCGUGAGCAGAGGUGGCUUUCGGUUUGUCUUUGCCGGUCGGCCCCUUCCCUAGCGGUGCACGGCUAGCCUGGGGAAGAUUCAACGCCUGUCGCAGACAGCUGUUUUCCUCCUCAAGUUCUGACACGCGUUCUUCUAACGCCUACAUGCGAAAGUCAAAUAAUGGGGUCUGUCGAUUUUCGAUUUUCACAUACCAAUAGAUGAGCAGCACGGCGGGCUCUGAAUGCGCGUUGAACAUCCCGGGCACGGUUGGGCGGUAAGUUGUCAUUGCGCUUUCGCCCGCGCUUGGAGGUCAUGGAGGUUAGUAACGUCUGACGGAUUGGGGGGAGUUUUCUUCUAAGCGACAAACGCCAUAUAUGUGAAAGGGGUCCUCCGCCAAUCCGCG